UCUCCUCCCCUCCCCUUCCCGUAGACCGCCGUCGCGCAAACCCAACCUCGCCGCCGCCGUCCUCUUCUCCGGCGACUCACCCCCUCACGCGGCCGGCCGAGUCCCACGAGAUGGAUUGGCAGGGGCAGAAGCUCGCGGAGAUGCUGAUGCAGCUGCUGCUGGUGGCGUCGGCGGUGGCGGCGUUCGUCGUGGGCUACGCGGUGGCCGACUUCCAGCUCAUGCUGCUUGUCUACGCCGGCGGGGUCGUCCUCACCGCGCUCGUCACCGUCCCCAACUGGCCCUUCUUCAACCGCCACCCGCUCAAGUGGCUCGAGGCCGCCGAGGCCGACCGCCACCCGCGCCCCCCGCAGGUCACCGCCUCUGCCACCGGCGGUAAGAAGAAGACCAGCAAGAACAAGUAGUGGUCUUCAGUGGAGCAAGUGUCAUUGACCGAUCGAUCGAACAUAAUAUGUCGAGACAUGUUCUUCUGAUGCUACAAUUGCUCGUCUUUUGAUUAUGGGAUGCUAGACAAUUGUGGUGCAUACAUGUUGAUGAGAAUUAAGGCUUCUUGCUGGUAUUUUAUAUC